AUGACAUUAAUCAGUGAUUUAAUGGAAUUUUCGGGAUUCAAUGAAAAGAGUUAUCGUUCUCGAAGCAGUCGGGGAGUAGGUCGACGGGUUGAGAGAACGGAACAAGGACGCGGCCACGAGCGAGGAGCGGAAGAGAAGCGGGCGGCGGAGACGAGCGUGAAAAUAAACAGAGUUCGGAGGGUAGUGGGUGAGGGUCAGAGAGGAGUAUUUAUAGCACGUCCAUUGAGGCGCGCUCCGGCCGCCUGCGCGAUCACAGAGAGUUAUAUCGGUGACGACGGCCGCGUAAACACCGCGGGGAGGCGACGAGCAGCGGCCGCCGGGGACCACGCCGACUACGGGCGGUCGAUACGGGCGCGGCCGCUCCCUGCGACACACGGGCCCGGGACGGAGAGGCCUUGUACACCGACCUCCGAACAAAGGUUCACUCCGACCGAUUUCACGUCGAUCAUGAACACUCUACGUUCGAAGCCUAGCGUCCGAGGAGUGCUCCACGAGCUACCUCGGUCCGGGCGAGGUCCUCGUGCGGCCCGGCGAGGCUCACCUGCCGGCGGCUAG